AUGACUCGCUGUUUCCGAUGUCUUUCACGAGAGCUGUGUCAUGACCAUGGCUCAUAUAGAUUGGUCACCCGUAACAGGUUACAACCAACGAUGUGGGUCAAUAAAUACGUAAUUGGACACUACCGACCGCCUAAUAUGACGAAUAUGAUGUGCGCAAAAAGCAUUUUCCACUGGACGAAUGAGACAAUCAACAUUUGGAGCCAUUUACUAGGAUUUGUUUAUUUCACUUACUGUCAGUACGAGAUGAAUGUGCACCGCAUACCGCUACUGGGUGGUCAUCUUCAUGACCAUCUAAUCACAUCACUCGCACUGUUUGGAGCACAGAUUUGCAUGUUAUUCUCGGCUGCGUAUCACACCUUCUGCUGCGCAAGUGAGAUUAAACGACAGAAAUUUCUAAAACUAGACACUUUCGGGAUUUCGGCAGGUCUUUUAGGAAUGUACUUGUCGGGAAUCUACACCGCAUUUUUUUGUUUCAAGGAGCAUCUUAACACAUAUUUGUUUAUGCUUCUAACAAUAUUUAUCGUGGCUGUGUAUGUUCCAACGCGAAGGGAUUUUUUUGAUCAGAAGGUUGUGGGAUCUCGGAUCGGUUAUUUACACAUAAUCUACACUUCGAUAGCUAUCUUUGGGUUUUGCCCAACGAUCCAUUGGGUAUACUUACACGGUGGUCUGUCCAGUGCCCACGUCGCAACAUGGUUGAUGGAUAUUUUCGUACUGUAUGGUCUGAUUGGAGCUGCAUUUUUCUUUUAUGUGACCCUAAUUCCUGAACGGCUGUACCCGGGGGCGUUUGAUCUUAUUGGAUGUUCACAUCAGUGGUGGCAUGUACUUGUCCUAUGUGGCAUGAUGUAUUGGCAGCGCUCGGGAGCAGAACUGCUGUCGUUCUACCGAAUGAGCAAGUCCUCAUGUCAGGACUCCAUGACGGGUGUUUUACACAAUACCAGCUUCGUCCAUUAA